AUGUAUAUUGAUUUAAGGUCCGUUGUAUGUAGGCUGAAGAUGCGCAUUUCUAACGAAACAAAAGUCGUUUUAAAUCUUGACGUUCUGGCACUAUCUGUUUUCAUUUCUGUAUGUAUGUCAUUCUUCAUAAGUGACCAGUUUGUUUACUACAGUUGUCUGUCUGAACAAGGAAUUGAUUAUUGGUUGGUAAAUAAAAGUGACGUUACGGAUGGACUGCAAGCUGCACAAAAGAAAGCUGCUUUUAUACAGUCUCUUAAAAAUUUUCUGGGUAUUGGGACUGGAAUUUUCUCAACACUAAUCAUUGGUUACCUAUCAGAUAAUUAUGGUCGGCAAUUGACGUUGGGAAUUAUAAUAUUAGGAGAAGCUUUACGAAUUUUAGCUCUUGGUAUUAUCGUAUUUUUCAAUUUUUCUCCCUGGAGUUUGAUUGUAUCUGAAUUAUUAGAAGGAUCUAUUGGCGGUGGAUUGUUAUCAAUUUCAGCACAAUUAUUUGCUUGUAUAGCUGAUCUAACCCAAAAAUCACCUAAUGAAAUAGUAGUAAUAUCCAAUGAAAAUAUGGAUUCAGUAACUCAGGCAAAAAGAUUAGUAAAAAAACGUUGGCUUUUAUUUACUUUACUCGAUGGUGUAAUCACUUGUGGUAUGGCAUUUGCAAAUGCACUAACAGGUUUCAUGAUUCAACAUUAUCGUUUCUACAUAACAAUGCUAACUUGUAUAGUCUUUCUUAUUCCUUCAGUAAUUACUUUAUUUCUCGUACCUGAAACAAGUGUGAAGACAAUACAAGUUGAACAGACAGAAGAUAUUGAAAAUUCAUCCAAUGAAUUAUGCAUUACGGCUCCAGCAGUUCAUAAUGAAACUAGUAAGCAUCAAGAGUCCUCUAGUAAUUAUUCAGUCCACGUACAAUCUGAAAAUAGCUGUAUGAAUAAGCUACAAAUUAUAUCAAAACUACCUCGUACUCAUAUAGUAAUAAUUGUCAUUAUUUUCAUGUUUUCCAUCUCUGGUGUGACGGAUACACAAUAUUUAUUUCUUUACUUAAUGAGUGGUCCUUUUAUGUGGGAUGCACAAGUAGUUGGUUUAUUCACAGGUUUAAGAGAUGUAUGCUGCACAUUUGUAUCUGUAUUAUGUGUCAGUACGAUGGUCAAGUUUCGUAAAGAUCAACCAACUAAUCAUGUUGAAGUAGUAUCAAUAUCAAAUAGAAUGAAUACAACAUUAUUUAGUCGUUUAAAAUCUGUGGAUCAAAUUCUUCUCAUUAUGUUGGUAUUUUUUGGAUUUAUAAUUUUUUCUAUUUAUCAAAUCAUUAUGGGCAUAGCUUGUACAUUCACUGUUCCAACAGCAAAUAUUCUGGUUUAUUUCGCUACAAUUCCAAGAUUUGUUAAAGGUUUUCAAAUAUCCAUACUUCGAACUAUUAUAUCAAAAUGGACAGAAGUCUCUAAACAAGGUAUGGUAAUGUCUGUUAUUGCAGUAAUGGAACGCCUUGGGCUUUUGAUCAGUGUUGUAGCUCUACCAGUUAUAUACGCUGCAACAGUUAGCACUUUCAAAGGAUCGGUAUUUUUCGUUUGCGCCUCUUUUACAAUUUUGGAAGCUUUAAUAGUCUUAAUUUUACCAGUAUAUGCUCCAAACAAAUUGUCACUGGAACCGUAA